AUGGAGUCUCGUCAUCCACAUUAUUAUGCCUCGAUGACACGUAGUCGAAGUGUCGGACCGGCAAUAAUUCCGCCCCCAGCUGAUGCUGCUGCUUAUCCCCUUGUCACAGACCUGUCGAAGGGUCUUCGAACUGUACGCACAAAUGAUGGCAAGAUUGCUCCUCGAGUCCAAGCCCUUCCACCGAAGAAGUUUAUUCUUGGCCGAGUGGCUUCAAAUGAGGACAUCUGCAUAGAAACGGAGACACCGUUCGCUUUCAGUAUCGCAGCAAAAGGCAAGCAGAUUUGCAUUUCAAAAGUGGCUUCUGCUGAUGACCUCCAAAGACCUCUGAUGACAAAUGCCUUCAGCACCGAGCUGCUGGCUCAAGACAAAAUGGAAGAAGGCAUUCCCGUGUCAUUAAGGCUGACUUUUGGUUCCACACCCUGUGUGAAUUCCAUAACUUCCAAGGCGGUUGCAAGAGAGCCCUCGUUGAAUAAGACCUUCCGUUCGGUUCUGCAUAUUAAUAUGACUGGUGGUGGAGGGCCUACAACAACAACAAACCUCCAAAGGCCGCUUCUGCGUCCACCAUUACCCCUGGCAAGUAGUGUUGCCUUCAGGGGUAGCCUUCCCUCCCUGCCAAAACCGCCUAUUCGAAGCCCCUCGGCUGUGCAAGCGGCAAAUCUCACCUUUUUUGAACAGGACAUAUGA